AUGGACGAUGGAUCUAAGCGGCGUAGAGUCGAUCCGCCCGCGCGCGACGCGCCGAGCGUCGACAUCGACGACAGCACGACGGGCGGCGGCGUCCUCGGCCUCCUUUUAGCUCGGUUCGACGAGCUCAAAGGAGAACUCGAACGGAGCAGGGAGGAGACGCGGGCGGAGCACUUGGAGACGCGGAGGACGCUCGCGGAGCUCAACGAUCGCGUCAAAGCCAUCCACCCGACAUUCGACGCGAACGAACAGCUCGCGAGCGUGGUCUUCGCGCACGUGAAGGACGUCCGGACGCGCGUCGCUCUCGCGCAGGUGAACUCCGUGUGGAGGAAGGCGUCGAAACACGCGUCUUUUCUGCCCGCCUCUCUCGACUUCACGGGUUGUCCUCCUCCUGACGUCUUGAACGAGAUCGAGACUUGGCCGUUGAGGUGUGACUACGUCGUCGGCUUCGAAGGCGUCCUCGAUCUGCCCGAGGCGCACUUUCACGACCUUCUUCGACAGGCGGGCGCUGACUUGUCCAAAAGUUCACAACAACUCGAACUCGGCUACUUCUACGACAAGCGGAAGCGGGACGAGAAGGCGAUGGAGUGGUAUAUGAAGGGAGCACAGCAGGGGAACACGAUUUGCGAAUACAAUAUAGGUGUCAAUUAUUUUGAUGGCCACGGCGUGGAGAAAAACGUCGACAAGGCGCUUGAGUGGUUCAUGAAGGCAGUCUCGAAGGGUCACACCUCCGCACUAAGCGGUGUUGGCGAAGUCCACGCCUUGAAGAGCCAACAUGAGGAAGCGUUCGAGUGGUUCAAGAAAGCGGCCGCUCAAGGCGAUAGUGAUGCUAAAUACAACCUCGGGAUGUGCUACGAAUACGGAGAGGGCGUGACGAAAGACAUCCCCAAGGCCAUCAAAUGGUACACGAAAGCCGCGAAGCAGGGCGAUGAUGAAGCAAAGGAAAAAGUCCGAGAACUCAUACUCGUAGCAACCAUCGCCGUGAACGCACAAGGCGCACUCGUUUAA